AAUGUAGAUUGUCACUUGUGAAAUAUGCCAAGGAUUUUAAAACGUAUUUUAACUUCUGUCCCAGUAUGCUCUGAACAGCUUUAAAGGUUUGGAUUAUCUUAACAAACGCCCAUCGAUGGAUGAUAGGAAUGUCUUCAAGGUGCUUCAAUCAAAAAGUGUUGUGGUGUGAUUCUGUGCUGACAAGUUCUGUUCUUUGUUGAAUCCCGCACUCCUCCAUCCAUCCAUCGCCGAACUUCUCCUCAACGCGUGGUUAGCCCAUACUGUUUUAGAUUCUACAGUUUGCAGUGCUGGCCUGAUUGUGUCGGAACUUGUUUGUGAACAUUGGUGGUGAAGUUGAGAUAAACUAGAAAGCCCUCCCUACUUUUAUUACUACAAGUAACUUACGUCUAGCUACUUUUUACCUCAGCUAGAAUCUAGAUCUAGUUAAGUGCGGGGAUCCUCAUUGACUCAUUGAUUGACAAAAUUGGAAGAAGUGUGCCGGCGAUUGAACAUUUUGGAAUACUUUUUUUGGUGAAAAGUUUCGAGACUGACCCUACCUAAAUUCUUAUCACAGUAAUAGUAGCUCUGGUUUUUAAGAGUCAGAGUACAGUUGUAGAAUCUUGAUCUCGAUCCACACCAGUCUGGUUAGAUUUACUUGCUGACUGGAUCAAGGCAAUUGUUUUGUUCGAGAGUGACUAGAGUCCGGUUUGACUCUGUUAAAUUGUCUAAGUUACUUUGAAGGUUGGAAAGGAAGAUGGCGGAUGGUCAAAGAUUUAAGUUCAAAGUUCCCAAGUUUCUCCAGAAGAAAUCGGGAAACAAGUCGUAUAAAGCCCUCGCCACCAAGGACAAAACUGGGGAGAGUGCUGACCCGGGCAACAGUUCUCGCAAUAAUGGUGGCAACGUUACCGAGACCAGUGGGAAAAAGCUCCAGCGUCUCCAGUCUUUGGAGAGUCUGAAGCAGGCCGGGUUCUCCAUGAAAGACAAACUGUCUAAAGCGUCAAGUACUGAGCUUUUGCCGCAGACAGAAAAAUUGCUGGAUGGCGAUGGUAGUGACAGCGAUGACUUACAGGAUGCAGAGAAGUCAACUGACGAUGAUGAAUGCUCGAAUGUGGAAAUGAUGAAAGAGGACAAAAGCACAACUACCAUUAGCGCAAAUGAAACAGGAAACGACAACUUUAGACUUGAUUUGGAUAAUGGUGGCACCUCAAAUGCUGAGACCACAUCAGCUCUCGACAGUGGCAAGUUUACAGAUGAUUCUGGAAACAUAUCUGACGCCAGUGCGGUCGGGGCGACAAAUACAAGCUCCAGUGACAGUGGGCUGUCCGAGAAACACUCGGCGGAAGAGGGCAGUUCUGGCAGCAGUGUGGAGAGCGGAGAACAACCAUCUGCCACUGGUUACAGAGGUCGUAAAAGAAAGAUGCUGUUACAAAUUUUUGAAGAAGAGCCGGAGUCUAGCAGUGAAUAUGACGCGCCCAGUACAAGUGGGACGUCUGUCAUGGAACACGAACCGUUUGAUGAUGUAGCCACCGCUGCCGAUCUGGAUUGGGAACGAGAGAAUGCUGGAAUGGAACUGAGUGAGUUACCCUCUGCCCCCAUUGAAGAAGACGAUGGCAAGAGCAAAGACUUCAAGUGAGUAAAACACAUUUUCGCGGCUCCAAGAGUAUUUUUUUAACCUUUGGAGUUUUUGCGUUAAAUUUUCUGUUGUGACUUUGUUGUGGAAACUUUAACCCUGGUUGAUUUGGUUCGUUCUUGCUGUUGUAACUUGUAACACUGUUGUAACUUGUAACACUGUUGACACUGUUGUGUUUGGGAUGAUCUGGAAUCACGAACUCGAUUAGAUUCCCCUUGCAGAUUGUUUUGAGCACUUUCACCGGUUUGGUUGGUAAUGAUCAAGACAGUCAGGAUAUCAUGUUGCUGGUGAGGGCAAUGACUUAUUCAGUGAGUAAAGAACACAUUUGAGACUUUUCCAAGUUUUUGUGUUUUUAACUUUAUUGAUGUUGUUGAAAGUUUUACACACACUGCUGGUUGUCUGAAAACUUUUUUGUCAUGGUAACUUGAUGUCAUUAUUUAUUAUAAUGUUAAAACUAGAAAAAUACAUAUUUGUUGUACAUUGUUUGAUCAUGCUGUGUUUCUUUCAAUUCUUUUAGUGUUGGCUUUGAGUCAGUUGAUUUAAAUUGAAUUUUAAUAAAACUUUGUUGUCAUAGAUAACUUCAGUUCAUAGACUUAAAAAAUUUUAAACUUAUUAUAAUCUAGUAGUACAGUGACUAAACAAUAUUGAACUUGUAGUUUUUGCCCUUCUGAAUUACCUUUGUCCCAAUCUUGCCAUAAUGACAUGAUGUUUCUGUUAAUUCUUCUGUUUCCUUUUUAAUAAAACAUCUUUUUCCAAAUGCCCUUUAUUUUGUACAAAAAAACAAAAUUUGGAAUAGCUUCUUUUUAAAAUGUGUGUACCUUUCAAUUAGAUGUUCUUCCUAUUUGGUAUAUGCUAUUUGUGCUUCACUUUUUCCAGAGUGGCUAACAUCACUUAUUACUAACAAAUUUGUUUUUAUUGUACUUUUGAUUUGUCCUGCAAUAUAAUAUGAAGAACCGGUAUGCUUUUUAUCAUUGUGUAGCUUUUAAAUAUUUUUAUCUAAAUUGUGCCGAAGAGUCAUGUCUACAUUAUUUAUUUAAAAAAAUAUAUUUUGCAUUCUUGUCAUUUUAACUCUUUAGUUUAGUUUUUGAUUGUCUUAUCUCAACUCUAUAGCUUUUGAAUGCAUGUUUUUGCAUUCUAGUCAUUUCAGUUCUAUGAGUUUUGAAUGUUUUAUCUCAACUCUCUCUAUAUACUAUAGCUUUUGAAUGUUUUGCAUUCUUGUCAUUUCAGCUCUAUGAGUUUUGAAUGUUUUAUCUCAACUCUCUCUAUAUAUACUAUAGCUUUUGAAUGUUUUGCAUUCUAGUCAUUUCAGCUCUAUGAGUUUUGAAUGUUUUAUCUCAACUCUCUCUAUAUACUAUAGCUUUUGAAUGUUUUGCAUUCUAGUCAUUUUUCUAUAGCUUUCGAAUCUUUUGCCUUCUCAUGUUGCUUCACUGCAAAGAACCAAGCCUUUUCAUCAAUUUAUGGUUGUCCAACCCUACGUGUCUAGUCUAUGCCUUCAGUUCUGUUUCUAUACAUGAUGUAUACAUGUUAAGUGUUUGAAGAGACUUUGAAUCCUUUCAGUGCGGAGGUGUUUCCAUUUUCAUUAGACGAGACGAAAUAUUCCAUGAAGAGGCAUUUUUAAAGCGAAGCCAUGUACAUUAAUUGCUCUGAGUAAUUGAGAGUAGGGCACUGUACACUUGCAAAUGCAUGUACUUUUACAAGCAUAAUUUUAUUUAUUAUAUAUAUUAAAAGAUACUGCCUUUAAUUUAACU